UUUUUGCUCCAUGUUUUACAGCUCAUCGGUUUUUGUUUGUAGAGGUUUAUAUACAAUACUGUUUGCUCCUUCCCGGAAUAAUGUUUUGUGAAAAAGCCAUAGAGUUAAUCCGAGAGCUCCAACGAGCUGCGGACGGUCAAUUGCCCGCUUUUAAUGAAGAUGGUAUCAGGCAAGUUCUUGAAGAGAUGAAAGCUUUGUAUGAACAGAACCAAACUGAUGUGAAUGAGGCUAAAUCUGAUGGCAGGACAGACUUAAUACCAACAAUCAAGUUUCGUCACUGCUGUUUGCUGAGGAAUAAACGCUGUAUUUUAGCAUACCUAUACGACCGUUUAUUGCGAAUUCGAUCAUUGAGGUGGGAAUAUGGAAGUGUUCUACCGUCGAGAAUUCGGUUCCACUUUGCUGCUGAGGAGCUUAUAAUUGGUUCUGUCCUCUUUCUCUUUUCCUCAUUCUCACUAGAGGAAAAUGAAAUCAUUAAACUUUGGUGUUUGGUUUUCUUUCAGCAUUUUAUGCCCAGGUGGAAAUGUGAACAGUUAAUUCGUCAGGGGAUCUUGGAGCAUGUGCUGUCCUGAGUUCCAGUUUAAAGAAAUGGACUUUUUACACCCACUAGGUUAUUAGCUUGGACUGUUGCUUUGAUAUGUAUUGGCUGUAUCUUGUAGAUUUUAAAUUAAAAUGUGAUUUAGCUGUGAACGUCAGCUUUGCUAA